AUGCUGGUGACUCAGCUGGUCGCGCUCGCCACGAUGACCAUGGUGGAUGGCACGCGGGUGUCUACUCAGGAAAACCUGGCUGCGGCUAAGGAGCAGGAGCAUCCGGUCUCGGGGUUCAUUGAUACUCACCAGGCUCGGCAGAACGAACGGAUCUUGUCCUUCAUGGCCUCGCUGCAGGAAGAGCAGGAAGAGCAGCUUGCCAAGACGAAGGAGUUCGUGCAGACCUUGCUGCAGGACGACGUCGCGGAGACGAGCGUGCCGCCUACUACCACCACGUCGAGGGUUUCUUUGGAAAUGGCCGCCUGGAACGGCGACGUGGCGGCGCUCGCAGCGUGGCGUCAGGCCGGCUACAAUUUGAGUUCCGUGAUAUGGACCAACGAUUCGCAUGAUGGAAAUACACCGGCGCACUAUGCUGCACGAAACGGCCACGUGGCAGCGCUGAAGUUCCUCCAGGAG